CUAACAUCUUGUUUGUUUUUGUUUACAUUUGUGAGAAUUCAAUUAUCAGGAGGCGUCAUUUGAAAGUCACAGUAACAGUAGUAUUAUUGCACGGUGAUUUUCGAAUCACAGUGAUUUUUCACUGCGAUCGCAAUCAAGGUCCCAUCUUUACCAGAUCAUCAUAACAAAGAAGUAACUCUCCUCAGAAUGGCAGUGACGUUGCAUACUGAUUUGGGCGACAUCAAAUUAGAACUAAAUUGUGAAUCAUGUCCACGAACAUGUGAGAAUUUUCUCGCUCUGUGUGCCAGCAAUUAUUAUAAUGGAUGUACAUUUCAUCGUAAUAUAAAAGGUUUCAUCGUUCAAACUGGAGAUCCUACGAAUACAGGGAAAGGUGGCACAUCUAUCUGGAGUCGAAAAUUUGAGGAUGAAUUCAAGGAAAAUCUGAAGCACAAUGAAAGAGGCGUGGUUUCAAUGGCGAAUAAUGGCCCAAAUACUAACGGAAGUCAAUUUUUUUUUACCUAUGCCGCACAACCUUAUUUAGAUCUAAAGUACACUGUCUUUGGGAGGGUCAUCCAUGGAUUUGAUGUGCUUGAUGAUCUGGAAAAAGUUCAAGUAAAUCCCAAAAGUUAUAAACCCUUAAUAGACAACAAAAUCACUGGAGUCACCAUACAUGCAAAUCCUCUUGCAGCUUAAUCACAGGACAUAAGUGACUAGAGGGAUCUUGAGUGUCCGCACUGAAGUAGAUACCAAGGAUUUGCUGUCUUUUCAAUCUCUGGACUGUUUCGCCCAGUAAGACAAGGGUCAGGAGGUUUGGAUGGUUCAGCAAUCGGAGGAUGUGGCGAUGAGUAAUGGAAGAUAUGUAAUCUUUGAUGAAUGGAAUUUUCGCAUUUUAAUCUAUAUCGGCAAAUUUAAAUUAAUAUUUUAUAUUUUUCCAAUUAUUUUCAAACGCUUGACUACGAUUUUACCGACGAAGAAACGCUUUGCGCAGUAGUUUUGCUCUAGCUUCUCCUCAAAUGUUAGACUACCCUUCAAUUUUGAUUCUGAAUUUUAUAUCCUCUUGAUAUUUUUUGUUUCAACUGACUUUUUAGACCAGUUACAUAUGUAUGACACGCCUUUUCUACAGAAACCUCGCCGUUUGUUCAGACACCCAAAACUACCAAGUAUGUGCGACAAUCUAUAUUAUACAGCUACAAGCAAAAU